AUGAUAAGUCUAAGAUGGCAAGUGUAUUCGCUAUUGGCAAUUACAAACAUUGUCGGCUUUACGUUAUUUCUAUGUGGAUUCUUUCCUUCAAAAGUUGUUCUUCCUGGUAACAACACGUUUCUACAACAAAACCUAAACUUUGAAUCCCCAUUCUUGAAACAAAAUGGAAAGCCUCAAUUUGAGCGAUUAAUCUUGAUGGUUGUUGAUGCCAUGCGUGCUGAUUUCUGCUUCAGUGAGGGGUCAAAUUUUAAUUUCUUACACGACUUGAUCAAUGACGGACAUGCAAUACCAUUCACAGCAUUUUCCAAUCCACCAACUGUCACUCUACCUAGACUCAAAGGUAUUACAACAGGAGGUACCCCCAGUUUUCUUGAUGCGAUAUUGAAUGUGGCUGACGAUUAUGACGAUUCGCAAGGUCUACAUGCUCAAGACUCUUGGGUUCAUCAAUUCAAGAGCCUCAACAAGAGUAUCAACUUUUUCGGCGAUGACACUUGGUUGAAGUUGUUUCCGCAAGAGUUUGGUGAAUUUGAAGGAACAAAUUCAUUCUUUGUUAGUGAUUUUACCGAGGUUGACAACAAUGUUACACGCCAUUUAGAUAGCCAGCUUCUGACGCUGAAGUGGGAUGGAUUGAUACUACACUACCUUGGUUUAGACCAUAUUGGCCACAAGGGUGGACCAAGCUCCACAUUUAUGAAGCCAAAGCAAGCAGAGAUGGAUCUGGUCUUGAAAAGGUUGUACAAAUACACCGAACAGCAUCAAGAUACAUUAAUUGUUGUUAUGGGAGACCACGGGAUGAAUGAAGUAGGUAACCACGGGGGCUCGUCUGCAGGAGAAACUUCAGCCGCGUUGGCAUUCGUAUCUUCAAAGUUCAAUAGUAUCAAUGCUAAGGCUCCGUUGCCGGUAUCUUCUGACUACACUUACUACGAUCGUCUUUAUCAAAUUGAUCUAGUUCCUACGCUAGCCAGUCUUUUCAGCUUUCCCAUCCCUAAAAACUCACUAGGCGUAAUAACCAGGAAAAUGAUUGAGUUGUGGCCUGAGAAUCAAAGACAAAAGAUUAUACUUGAAAAUUGCUUUCAAAUAAUGAGUUUGUACGAGGCCAAAAAUGGGCCAACAGGAAGCAUUUGGCAAAGAUGGAAAAACUUACAAAACGGACAUCAUGCAGUUGGGGAAUACUACUCGUUCUUGGAAAAGGUGCAGCUAGAAUUGGCUUCAUCUGCAACAAAUUACAACUACAAGUACAUUUAUGCUGGUGCAGGAAUGAUUAUAUUGGCUACACUCGUGACAGCUCUCAUAUUCAACUUUUACUUUUUCUCGGUCAGGGAGAUUGCUCCAUAUCUGAUAAUUGCUUUUGAAGCAUUUGCACUAAUUUACUCCAUUCACUUUCAUGGAUCGUCGUUGAUUGAAGAAGAACAUCAAAUUUGGUACUUUGCGUCGUCUUUAGCUACACUUGCGUUUGGUCUAUUUUAUUUUAAAGUAUUUGAGAACAAAUCGAAGCUCCAAUGGUUUGUGUUGUUGAUUCUGUCGAGUCGAAUGUUGAAAUCUUGGAAUAAUAGCGGACAAAAGUGGUUUUCAGAUGGCAACAUUGCCAACUAUUUAUUCAACUAUAAUCAAAAUAUACUUUGGUUGCUCAUUGUUGUCACUUAUGGUGCCGUCGCCGUUUCCAUUUGCUUGCAAGGGAAUUUAAGUUGGCUCUUUGAGGCUUUUAAAACAAGAAAGGCUCCCAAUUUGUCAAUAGAAGCGGCCUUAUUCAACAUUUGUGCGCUUGUGGCCAUAUCGGUGUCAUUUCUGUUCAAGCUUGUGCUGUACUUCAUUGAUGGUAACAUGCCACCCGGUAUUUUUAAGCUAAUUUUACUAUGGGUAUUGGAAAGUCAGGACGUCGACACUGGUCAUUUGGAUAUUGAGGAUCUCAGCGUAAAGUUUCAACUUCAACAUGUGAGUGUUCAUUUGGCAAAGUAUGCCACAUUCGCUACUGCGGCUGCGUUAGUGCUAGUUUUGAUAAGUCGGCGAAUUCAAAGGAGAUACAGUGGAACCAUUACCGAUAUUACUAAUAUCCUUACAUUGUACUUGGUACAUCAAACCAAGCAUGCAAAUAUCCCCAUGUUUUUGGUAUUACUCACAGCAAAGUUGGCUCUAGCCAAGCUAGUGUACCAGAUAUCGACGAAUGAGAGAAAAUUUGUCAUUGAUAACCACAUUAUAUGCAUAACCUUCAUUACGUUGUGCUUGCAAAACUUGUCAUUUUUCACCAUGGGCAAUACUAAUUCCCUAGCCACGGUAGAUUUAUCAAACUCUUACAAUGGUGUUCAAGCAUACGAUGUGUUCCUAGUAGGAUUGCUUACAUUCAUUUCAAACUUUGCUGGGCCAAUCUAUUGGUCGUUGUCAUCGCUACAAUUGAUCUUUGAGCCGGGUGUAGCGAGCUUUAAAGGUUCAUCACCUACUGACCUCACUAGUUAUCCACGAUUGAAAUACCGAAUUUUGUUAACCAAAUCAUUUAUUACUUUGUUAUUUUAUACAAUUGCAGCUACAAAUUUAGUGGCUUCGUGCAUCAACUUACGUUUCCAUUUGUUUGUGUGGACGGUUUUUUCUCCCAAAUUGUUGUUUUUUGCCAGUUGGUUAUUACUUGUCAACGGGUUGGUUGAUUUGAUAGGCGCUGGGUUGUUACUAACUUUAUAG